GGCAGGCUGAAUCCGGGAUUUCAGGGGGCGCAAAUGGACUGGAUAGACAGUAAUGGGUUGAUUCUUCUUUCCAACAAUUCGACUUUCGCAUUUGGUUUCAAUUCCCUACCAAAUGUCACUAUGUCUCAACUUGUGGUUAUUCACAAGGGCAGCUCAACGAUCAUUUGGUCUGCUAAUAGAGGCAAUCCAAUUCAAAGUUCAGAUUUCUUCAUACUCGACAUGAACGGGAAUGCUUACCUGAAAAGUGGGGGAAUCACUAUUUGGUCCACAGAAACCUCUAACAAAGGAGUUGUAGCAAUGGAAUUGCUGGAUUCAGGGAAUUUGGUACUUGUUGGCAAUGAUAGCAGUAUAAUAUGGCAGAGCUUUAGCCAUCCCACUGAUACCCUCGUGUCGAAUCAGGAGUUCACUGAAGGAAUGAAACUUGUAAGCAAUCCCAACUCCGAUAAUUUGAGCUACUCUCUUGAGAUAAAGUCUAGAGAUGUAAUUCUAUCAGCACUUUAUCAUUUCCCACAGCCUUAUUGGACCAUGGGAAUGGAUGCCAGAAGAAUCACUAACUCAGAUGGGGGGGAUGUGGUAUCUGCAACUCUUAAUAGCAAUUCUUGGAAGUUUUAUAAUCAAGAUAAAGUGUUACUUUGGCAUUUUGUUUUCUCUUAUAAUCAUGAUGAAAAUGCCACAUGGGUGGCAGUUUUGGGAAAUGAAGGUUUCAUCACUUUCAGCCUUCUUCAGGGUGAUGGUUCCAUUAGUGCCUCCUCGAUACAAAUACCACAAGAUCUGUGCAGUAGACCUGCAGCUUGCGAUCCAUAUUUUGUUUGUAACAUCGGAGGCAAAUGCCUAUGCCCUUCAGUCCUUCCUUCUUGCACACAAGGUAGUGUCUCAUUCUGCGAUAGGUCACAGGACUCUGUGGAGCUUGUUGAUGCAGGGGAUAGUCUUAGUUACUUUGCUCUUGGUUUUAUUCCACCCUCUUCUAAAACAGACUUACAUGGCUGCAAAGCCUCUUGCCAAGGAAACUGCUCUUGUGCUGCUAUGUUCUUUGACGACUCAGGAAACUGUUUUUUGUUUGAUCAGAUAGGAAGCUUGCAGCACUCCAGUAACGGUCGUCAAUAUGCUGCUUAUAUUAAGGUCUUGACCAAUGCAAGUGGUGGGGCAAAUCAAGGAGGUGGUGGAAUUAACAAAACACGCCUUGUGAUUGUCAUCGUGAUUGUGAUCUCAAGUGUGCUCGCUAUUCUAGGUCUCCUUUAUGCAGGUUAUCAGUACCACCAGACGAAAAACAAGGCAUUGCCUGAAUCCCCUAGAGAGUCUUCGGAGGAGGAAAUUUUUUUGGAAAAUUUAUCGGGAAUGCCAGUUCGUUUUAGCUACAAUGAUCUUCAGACUGCAACUGAUAACUUCAGCAAGAAGCUUGGUCAAGGUGGUUUUGGUUCAGUUUAUUGGGGGAUUCUCCCUGAUGGAACUAAAUUGGCUGUGAAGAAAUUGGAAAGCAUUGGACAAGGGAGGAAAGAAUUUCGAGCUGAAGUUAGUAUUAUUGGGAGCAUUCAUCAUCUUCAUUUGGUCAGGCUUAAAGGCUUUUGUGCUGAAGGAAAUGACCGUCUUCUUGUGUACGAGUACAUGGGAAAUGGAUCUCUUGAUAGAUGGCUUUUCCAGAAGAAUAAAAGGGAAUUCGUGUUGGAUUGGGAAACUAGAUACAGCAUUGCACUUGGAACAGCUAAAGGUCUGGCUUACCUCCAUGAAGAUUGUGUAGUGAAGAUCGUUCACUGUGAUAUAAAGCCUGAGAAUGUUCUUCUUGAUGACCACUUUCUGGCAAAAGUCUCAGAUUUUGGUCUUGCUAAGCUUAUGACUCGAGAGGAGAGCAAUGUUUUCACCACAAUAAGGGGAACAAGGGGGUAUCUUGCACCAGAAUGGAUCACAAACCGCGCCAUAUCAGAGAAGAGCGAUGUUUACAGUUAUGGCCUAGUGCUGCUUGAGAUAAUUGGGGGUCGAAAGGCCUUCGUUCCGUCAGAGUUCUCAGAGAAAUCCCAUUUUCCAUCAUAUGCUUUUAAAAUGUUCAAAGAUGGAAAACUGAACGACAUCAUUGAUGCAAGUUUAAAGAUAGAUGAAAAAGAUGAGAGAGCUUCUACAGCAAUUAAAGUUGCUUUGUGGUGCAUACAGGAUGAAAUGUCCCUAAGACCAUCAAUGGCCAAGGUAGUUCAGAUGCUGGAAGGAAUCUGUCCUGUCCCUCCACCACCACCUUCUUCCCAGCUAGGGUCACGACUUUAUGCAGGUUUCUUCAAUUCAAUGAGCGUUGAGGGCGCUGGUGCCUUACCGGGGCCUCCAAAGAGCAACAAUGAUGCUUAUCUUUCGGCUGUUAGGCUUUCAGGGCCAAGAUAG